AACUGAAGAAAGAUACCAAUCACAGGCGGAGGGAUACGUUUCCAUGGAAACAGUAGACUCCCGCCUGUAAACCCUAGGUCUUCCCCACGGUGUCCCUCUCCCUUCGUCCUCCUUUCCUCUACGGUCCUCGUUUUCCUUCCCUUUUCCCUUCCCCCAUUAAUUUCCCCCAAUUUAGGGACCCUCAGCUUUAGUAAUCUUACUGCAGGUGUAUUGGAAUGGCUUUAUGAAAGACUGUAAAAUUUAGCCGCUGAUGUUGCAGCCAUCGCCGCAGUUCUGCUGGGAAACCUGGCCUGGAGUUCUACUCAGUGAUCUUUGGGGCUCGGCAGAGAUGAGAAUAUCGUAAUGCUGCACCUCACAGCUCUCAGUCUGUUUGCCUCCAUUAUAAUAGCAACUGGAAGAAGGGACCCCAGUCAGGAGAACAGGAGCUACCCUCAGUGCAACCACAUCCCUCCACUGCAAGUAUUUCCCAUCUCUAAAGUAGGGUAGCAGAUAUGUCACUUGCUCUAGGUAAAAGAGAAAAUGAUAAGGAAGAUGACUUUACAUCAUUGACUUUAUGGAAAGAAAAAGAUGAUAAGGAGGACAAGUUUGAAGACGCCUAUGAAAUUAUCCCUGCAGCAACAACAAUGAAUCUAAUGUCUUCCCUGGAAGAAUGCACAACUGGAUUGUAUUUAUUUCUAAAUAACAGAUUCUCAGAUGCUAUAAAUCUCAUUCAGCCAUGGUCGAAAAACAGCAUUUACCACGCUCUAGUUUAUAGUAUCCUUAUGGUUGUCAAAGCCGUUUUGACUUUUGAUCCACAGGAUAUAGAGGCUGGGAUGGCUGCUACAAAGGAUGCUUUGAGAACCUGUAACAGUUUCCGAAGAAAAACUAGGAUGGUAAGUUUGUCUCAUCUAGUGAGUAAACAUGGAAUAAAGUCUGUCAAAGAAGAGGAACUGCACGCAGAAGUCUGCUAUGCUGAGUGUUUGAUCUUGAAGUCCACUGUAACAUUUAUUCAGGAUGAGAGUAUACUUGGUUUUCUUAAAAGUGGGAUCAGCCUUGGGUUAAGUCACCAAAUAUACAAAGACUGUCAACAAAUAUUAACACAGAUACCUAACAAACAACAAAGCACAACCUACAGACACCUAGUUGGAGGAAUAAAAUUUGGUCUUGGAGCAUUCAAUUUGAUGUUAUCACUUGUGCCACCAAAGACACUUAAAUUACUCGAUCUUGUUGGAUAUUAUGGUAAUAAAGAGGUAGGCUUGUCUUUGCUUCAUGAGAGUGCAUCUGAAUCCCAUAUAAAUAACAUCUUAAGUAUUUUGACUCUACUCUUCUACUACAAUUAUAUUUGUGUAGUUUUUGGUGUUGAAAAUGGUAACACUUCUACAAUAGAGGACCUCUUCCUGAUCUACCUCCAGAAAUUUCCAAAGUGUGUCAUACUUAAUUUUUUUCAUGCACGUUUUAAUAUGCUGAAAGGAAAAUUUGAAAAUGCACAGUUAAUAUUAGAGGAGUGCAUUUUUAUUCAGAAUGAAUGGAAGCAGCUUAAUCACCUCUGUUACUGGGAACUCAUGUGGUGCCACAUUUUUCUGCAGGAUUGGAAGCAGGCUUACCACUAUGCCAAUCAGUUAUUCCAAAACAGCAGGUGGUCCAAAGCAAUGUAUUUAUACAGUAAAGCUAUACUACUGGCUUUGCUUCCUUCUGGAUUUGCUCAAUCCAUAAAUGAGGACAUGAACUCUCACUUUUUAAAAGUGGAGAGCCUAAGAAUCAGAUUUUUAGGAACUUCUGUGCCAGUAGAAAAGUUUGUUGCUGAGAAGGGCCGGCGCUAUGGUACUACUACAGGCUGGUUUACAGCACAGCCCCUUCUGGAAUUCGUUUAUGCCUGGAGUGGUUUCCGAAUAAUGAGCAAACAACUACAACUUAUUUCCUGCUGGCUAUCUAUAAUUAACAAAGGAGAAGACCUCUUACAAGAAAAUCCAAAUAAAGAGUAUGGCACAGAUGAUAUGAGUUUGCUAAAUUUACUGAAAGGUCUAUGUCUGAAAUAUUUAGGUGAAUAUUCGACGGCUGAGCAGUACUUCAUUCGUGUGAUUGAAAAUGAGAAAUUGUUAAAAUAUGACCACUAUUUGGUGCCGUAUACUUACUAUGAACUGGGAAUUCUGUACUAUCUGAAAGGAGAUUAUGUCAGUGCAAUAAAAAACCUAGACAACAUAAAAAACUACAAAGACUAUUCCAUGGAAGCCCGAUUACAGUUUAGGGCUCAUGUAGCUCUUGAACAAAUAACUAAAGAAAAGUGAUUUAGAUGCAAAGUGUUGUUUUGUUUACUAUGAGCGAAGUAUUCUACAGCCAGCAAGGUAAUUAACAGGUAGAAAAUAAUUUCUUUGUGGAAGAAAUCCAAAAAGAGGCAGCUGCUGAGAAUUUGGCUGGUAACAAGAAAGAAAUUACUUUUCCCUCUUUCUUUCUUCGUAUCUAUAAAAUGGAAUGUCUUAGACUCGCAAAUGGAGUGAUGUGCAUUCUUGAAAAAGAAAAGGCAAAUGAUGUACAUUAUGAAAGAUACUCUCAUAGUUAUUAAUUUAUUAAUCAUGUUAAACAUUUUCAAAAACUCAAAAAUAUUUCUUAACACCUCAUUAGAUGUUUAUAGCUCGUAAAUAAAAUAGAGAAAGUAGCUACACUAGGAAUCUCAGUGCCCUGUAAAUGUUUUUAUUUAACUAGUAAGAGAAGGAAAAAAGUUUGUCUUGCUGCCAUUUCAAAACAAUGACGAACUGAAGAGCAGAGACUCUGAAUGGCUUUCCCUUACAGUAAUUUCUAUUGGCUUUUUGUACAAGAGAGAUACUCCCCCCGUGUGCUCAGUGGUAUAUUUCACCUUUUUUCAUUAGGAAGCUCAAAUAUGGGGCUAUAACUUACUGGAAGACAGAAAAGAAAGAGCCCCCCCCCCCCCCCCACACACAAUAAAACCCUUUGAAGAUAAUUGGAAAGCCAACAGCACAAAUGCAUUGGGUAGAAAAAAGACAAGAUGAGGCCAUUGGAGGGAGAGUUUAGUUAACACUAGCCAUCCCUUAAAAAAAAAGAUUUUAUUUAUUUUUAGAGAGA